AUGACCAUCACCUUCGAAGCGAUCGUUACCGGCCCAGAAGCCCCGUUGCCGAACAGCGCCACCAGAAUGAGCCACCACCUCAAAACAGGCAGGGGGAUGGGACUGCCGCCAGGCGCCUUCACCCAUCUCAACAAGCAACGACAAGUUUCCGGGCAAUUCAUGGAAGCUGACGAUGCUCCGGCACAAGUCAGCAUUGGCGAAAGGGACAUCAAAGAUCGUCUUCACGAAGCUUUGUACAAAAGAGCGACAAGACUCGACCGCCUCAGAGGGUUGAUUGUUGCCUGGGUAGACCACGGGUUCUGCAUCAUCAUUCCCAGAAAACACAAUGGCCGCCUUGUCGUUCGUUACCCUGCCCUCUCGGACCCUUUUACAGAAGCACAUGCGACAGCUCGAUCACUCGCUUCGGGGAAGCCAACAUCCAAGAUACUGGGCACCGCCGUUUGCUCUACACACUUCACCAUCCCUAUCAAUCACAGAGUCGUCACCUGGACCCAGAUGAUCUUGAACCUGCUGGUUGCGAUGGACGAACUUUGCGAUCCCGAGGAUGGAUCAUAA